UCGUCGUGUCGGUCAGAGGGAAGCUACUGACAGCUAGCCUGGUCAUAGUUGUGCCGGGGAAAGGUCGACAGUAGGACAGUAGCAUCUUUCUUCUAACCGUAAACCCUGUCUUUAUCCAUUUACACUUUACCAACUGAUCAAAUUUAGCAGCAUUUAAAGACAGAAACCUUCGAACUUCACCUUUUGACGAGCUAGCUUAUUUACUGCCCUCUUUCUUAGUUUGAAUUAGCGAUCAUGGCUGCGCUCAGGGCGUCCUACCACAGGAUUUUGAACAGAAUCGAGUAUAUGCUGCCCGCCAAACUGAGACCUCUGUACAACCACCCGGCAGGUCCAAAAACUGUUUUUUUCUGGGCUCCGAUGUUCAAAUGGGGUCUGGUGAUGGCGGGUUUGGCUGAUAUGACUCGACCAGCAGAUAAGCUCAGUACCUCUCAGUCUGCAGUGCUGACAGCAACUGGUCUCAUCUGGUCCAGAUAUUCUCUGGUUAUAAUCCCCAAAAACUGGAACCUUUUUGCUGUGAACUUCUUUGUCGGCAGCGCCGGAGCGUCGCAGCUUUACAGGAUCUGGAGGUACAAGCAGGAUAAGGCGGCGCAGGAUAAAGAAGCAGAUCAGUCUCAAGACUCUUGAUAAUCCAACCUUCCUGCUGCGUUACUGCUGGCUCAAAGGGAGACUACUAUCAUCAUCAUCAUCAUCAUCCCACGUUAUUUUCAUAACAUUCACACCAUAACCAUAUUCCACCACAUUAAACCUAGAGUCCCUGUAGGAAGUGUGUGCUUUCUAAAGUGUCAGAUUACCUCAGGGUGUAAACAAAAAGAGAAAGUUUUAAAAGAAUUGUAAUUAACUCACAGGACUAAUGUUCACGAACGCACAAGUUUUCUGAUUGUACCGUUGAUUCAUACCAGUUGCGCUAACUGGGAAGUUAUUCUUUUAAUCAACCUACAGUUGUAGCAAUCAGUAGCUCAAGGCUCCUAGAAACACAUCAACACGAGUUUGUCUUGAAUGUGGUUUAAGGAAUGUUGGCGUAAGAAAUUUAGGAAUCAUUUAAUCGCUUUAAUUUUUUUUCUGCAACAUAUUUCGAGUCCAGACGUCUGUACCUCAGCAGUCAUUAAAAUCCUUUACUGUGCAACAAUUCCUUCCAUUUUAAUAGUUUUGUCAUUUAAUCUGAGAACAGAUCCUGAUAAUCAUUUUGUCCACGUUGUGUUGGAUGCUGUUAUAUUUAACGUGCAGCUUUUUAACCGAUCAAUGCAGCGAGUCGAGCAAACGGCAGCACGGACAGCCGUCAUGAAAAGGCCUUGUUUAAAAAAUGUUUUUACAUUUUUGUGUCAAAUUAUUUUUUACUAAUUCAGAUGGUAUUUAUGUAGUAACCCAUCAUUUAGCAAUAAUUGCUGUUAUUCUGCUGACCGAACAAAGAAUUUACUGAAAUGUAACGUUAGUGGCUAUGAAUAAAUUGUCUAACAGGACA